CUUUAUUUGUAACUAAAAGCUACUAGCGAAUAUUUAACGGCAGAAACAGACUUGAUGGUUGAGGACGUAAAAAACAUGCAAGAGUAGGCAUGUGAAAUUCGCACAGAAUACAGUUAAACGACUCGUCCUUCCAAACAGGUGGACAAAAAAUUACUCAGCACAACUAAUGCUUAAUGAGGUUCUAAUGGCAAUUAAAUUUAAAUUACUAUAUAUAACAACAAUUUCAUAAACAGGUCUGUAUGUAUGUCAAAAAGGCAUCCGCAUGAAAUUUCAUAAGACCGACAGUCAUUGAUGAUUGGGUUCAGUUGGUUGGAUGAAUCAAUGUAGUGUACACGUAUCAUAUAAACUUUGUAGAAGUUUGAGAGUAGAGCUGUAUUGAAUAAAAUAAAUUUAUCGAAUCAAUAUAAUUUAUUAGCUAGAAUUAGGAUUAUAAAUGUAGUUAUCGAGUUGUAAGCAGAUCAAUGUGUUAUUAUGCUUAUCAUAACCUUUUUCUGGGUAGAAUAGUUAUUGCAGAUCAUUAUACGCGAUCAGGAAAUAUGGAGAAUUUACUACCAAGGCUCCAAUAUAAAUAAGGAAAAAUAACUCGUAAUUAAGGCUCGUAAUUAGUGCUUAUACUAAACUCUAUUAAUUUUAAAGGAAAACGCGCUUUAAAAUAAGCGCAAAAAUUUUUUCAUAACGUGCAUCGAAAACGCGCUUUUGGCCUACGAAAAAGUGGAGUGAAAGUAGAGUUUUUCAAGUCUGAAGCGAAAGGCCUUUUUAGUGUUUGUGUGUGUGUGUGUGUGUAUGUAUAUAUAUAUAUAUAUGGGGAAAUCUACAGAAAAUAUGCAGUUAGAGGGCUCGAAAAUCCGAAAAAAAAAAUUCGAUGCUACAUCGCCGCUACCACACUUUUCUUAUCCUUUGAGGUCUAUAGAACACUGAAAAGGCGAUGAUCCUGCGAUAUCGACCUCGGCACAAUGAUUUCUGGGCGAUUUAAAUUUUUUUUCGUGAAAUUUUCGUCGUAAAAAUUCAUGAAAAGUAGCCAUUGUUCAACGGCAUGUACUCAAGCUCUGGGGGUGCAAACAGUAAAUGCGUAUUUAUAGGAUCAAAGUAUGAGAUAAAAUCUUCAAUUUUAGCCAUGGUGAGUUAAAAAUAGUUGCUUACAUUCAAAGUUGUCUUGGUCUGAAAAUAGCGAAAAAUCGAAAUUUUUCAUAAAAAACACAAGGCAAUUUUUUUAUUUUAAAAUCCUAAUAACUUUUUACUCGGGCGGUUGUCGUCACCCAUCCGGGGCUUAAAUUGAAGCUCCUUUCUUGUACUUUGAUUUUACCAAAUUAGAUUAACAGUUUAUUUGUUGAUUAGCUAUAUGUAUGCUUAUCAAUUUCUUAUGGAAAUAUGCUUAUGGCUAUCAGAGGCCCUUUUUCGACCUUUUUGAUUGUCAUAUAUAUAGCUAUUCAACAAAGAGGGGUUUAAUCUAAAUUUUCAAAACCAAAGGACAAGAUAAGAUCUUCAAUUUAAGCCCUGGACGAUUAACAAUGACAGCCCGAGUCAAAACUUAUCAGAAUUUUAAAAAUAGCAAAAUCGCCGGUUUUCGUGAAAAAUCAAAAUAUUUUUGAUUUUUUGCAUUUUUUAAACGUAGACAACUUUUUACCCAAGCAACCAUUUUUAACCUACCAAGGCUAAAAUUAAAGAUCUUUUUCAGCACUUUGAUCCUGGUAGAGGCAUUUUCAGUUUGCGCCUCCCAGACAUCGAGUACAUGCCGUCGAACUAUGGCUAUAAUGGCGUCAAACAUUUCGGGGCGUCGCAAAAACAAGUUUCGUUGCAAACGGGUGGGUUUUAUUAUAAAAAUAAUUUAAAUGAAACUAAAUUUCAAUCGUUCUCCGUAAUGUCAGACUGCCUACGACUCGAUGCAGCGGGCGUGUGGGCUCGUUUAAAUCUAAAGUUUUGAAUUAACCUAUAGACUAUUAUAGGAUGCGUUUAAUAAUAAGUUCAUACAAACGCCGACAACUUUUUCCCUGUUCAUUCAAAUUUUAACGAAUUUUUUUAAAAUUAAAACCCUAAUUUGACGUAGACCCUCAUCGCCUUUUCAGCGUUCUAUAGACCUCAAAGGAUAAGAAAAGUGUGGUAGCAGCGAUGUAGCAUCGAAUUUUUUUUUCGGAUUUUCGAGCACUCUGACUGCAUAUUUUCUGUAGAUUUCCCCAUAUAUAUAUAUAUAUAUAUAAACACACACACACACACACACAUACGGGGGAAGGUGGGGCACAGCAAGCUUGGCGGGUGAAACGGGCACUCGUCUAUCUAUAAAUUAAAACAGUAAAAAAUAAAAAAUCCAUUUAAUAAUAGUUCAUAUAUAUGUCUAGAUUUUCCCCCUUAUAAUAUUUAGCCCAAAAAAGGUGUUUAAAAAAUUAUCCUGCAAGUGGAAAAAAGUUAGGAAAUCGUAGGUGUUUUUCAUUUUUCAAUAAGCGAGUACAUUGCGAGAUUUAAAUAAUCCUAGUACAUAUUUUAAAGCUUAUUCUACAACCCUGUAUUUUUAUUUUUGUUUAAAGCCGCCUUAAAUAUGAAAAAAUAAUUAUUUUUAAAAAAUUAUAAAUGUGGGGCACGGAGGGCACCAUAGCGGGGCACGCAGGGCACACGGAAGCACUGCGUAGCUCCGAUCUGCGGAAUCAGCUGACUGAUUCCUCACCUCUAUACUCAAUCGGAGUUCGGCGAGCUGAGUACGGAGCAGCUCGAUGCUUGUAGUUUUUUUAGUUAAUUGCUUGUAGUUAUAAGAUUUUUAGUGUAGUGAUGGUGCGGCAUUACGUCAAGAAAACUAAUAAGGAGUCGUGGAAUGAUGGGCAGAUGCAUUUAGCUAUUAGUGCAGUUCUCGGCGGUUCAACAUGCAAAGCUGCUGCUCAAAAGUUUGGCAUUCCAAGAACCACUUUACAAAAAGAAUUUAUAAGUGCUCGUAAUAAUGACAACAUUAUCCAAUGAUUUUUUUACAUUGUUGCAGUCUCUGAUGGAUAAAUUCAACUUCAAAGCUGAAAAUAUUUACAAUGUUGAUGAGACUGACAUAUCCAUAGUACCUAAAUCAUGCUCUAGAGUAGUGGCACGUACAGGACACAAACAAGUUGGAGGCAAAACUGCUGCUGAAAGAGGUGAAACCGUCACUGCAGAAAUUUGCAUGUCAGCCGCAGGAGCUUUCAUGCCACCUAUGCUGAUUUUUCCUAGAGUGAAAGAAAAUAAAGAACUACUUGAAGGAGCGCCAGCUGGAGCAUGGGCUGAAUUUCACAAAAGUGGAUGGAUACAAGUUUACAUUUAUACAAGAUGGUUUAGAAGAUUCAUUAAUUAUUCUCAUGCUUCAAAAGACAACCCAGUACUGCUGUUAUUAGAUGGGCAUGUCAGUCAUGUAAAGAACCUAGAAGUAAUUGAGUUGGCGAUGGAGCAUGGAGUUGAAAUCAUCUGUUUUCCACCUCACUGCGCGCAUAGAAUGCAACCACUUGAUGUCGGCUUCAUGAAACCUAUAAGUCAUUAUUAUACAGAAGAAGUAAAUGCAUUUCAACGAACAGGUGAACGAGUCACUUUAAAAAAUUUGUUUCUGUUGUUUGCAAAGGCAUUCAUGAAUGCUGGAAAAAUAGAUACAGUCAACGCCAAUUCCAGUUCCUAAACCUGUAAAGCGAAAGCUGCCUGCUUCUAACAGUGCAGAAAGAAACGUAAAGCACUUGCAAAUCUUCCUGUAAACAAUAGUAAUUGCACUGUCAGUGAGAAUUUAAUUGCAAAUUUUGCGAACAAUGAAAUUAAAGUAAUUCAAUUAAGUGAAAUUGAUGCAGUUCAAUUAGAAAACUGUGAGUUUGUUUAUAUUUAAUAUUAAUUAUUGAUCUCGUUAUUCAAAUAAAAUGUGUUACUAGGUUAAAAACUAUUAAAAUCAAAAGCAAAAUGUGAUAAAGGUUACCUAGUCGACUAGUGAUUAUAAUUAUUGUCUGUAAAAUCUUCGAGCCUGUUACAAUGCCGCUACCCUAAGCGGGUCUUGGGCGUUGUC